AUGGCGCCUCCUAAUAACGACAGCUAUAUCGAGGAAGAGGAGGACUACUGCCCCCUUUGCAUCGAGGAGUUCGACCUUUCUGACCGGAACUUCCGACCAUGUCCGUGUGGAUACCAGAUCUGCCAGUUCUGCUUCAAUAACAUUCGGAACAACAUGAACGGGUUGUGUCCAGCAUGUCGGCGUCCAUACGAUGACAAGACGAUCCAAUGGAAGGUUGUUACGCAGGAAGAGAUCGCCGAAUUUAAGGCCAAUAUCCAAAAAAAUCAGAAGAAGCGUGCCCAAGAACAGCGACAGAAGGAGGCCCAGAAGCGAGAAGCUGAGAAAGACAGCCGCAAGAAUUUGGUUGGCGUGCGGGUUGUUCAGAAGAACCUGGUUUAUGUGACUGGGUUGCAGCCGACAGCGCGCGAAGAGGAGCUGCUCAAGACUCUCCGGAAGCCAGAGUUCUUCGGUCAGUACGGAAACAUCCUCAAAAUCUCCAUCAGCAAGCGCAAGGGCAACGAUGGCCAAGAAUCGAUGGGGGUCUACGUCACCUUCGACUCGAAAGAGGCUGCCCAACGCUGUAUUAUGGCCGUCAAUGGCUCGCAGAAUGGCGACCGGAUCCUGAGAGCUCAGCUCGGUACGACUAAGUACUGCUCUGCAUGGCUUCGUCACGAACAGUGUACGAAUCGGCAGUGCAUGUUUUUACAUGAGCUCGGGGACGAGGAGGAUAGCUACAGCCGCCAGGAUCUAUCAUCUAUGAACAGCAUUAACUCGCAGCGGCCGCUGAAUAAUUCUGGCACCUCACGGUCUGCUUCUCGACAGCAGGCUCACGCGUCACCGGCCACGAGCAAUGCACAACCGAUGGCGAGGACUUCAAGUAAAGACGGAGCCAAUCACGACGACGGCCCGGCGCUGCCACCAACGGCUAAGUGGGCUCAGAAUUCCCAGGUUCGCAGUCGUCGUGGCAGUCAGGCUACAACUGGUGCGGCUCCCAGCCCGGCCAUGUCGACUUCUGUGCCGGCCAACUCCGAAUCUGCCGUCGAGGAUAGCACCGGAUCUUCUGCGAACGCCUCGAAUUCUGCUCAGCCAAAGAUGCCAAGCACAGCAGCUGAGAAGGCCAGGCGCGCCCUUCCCCAAGACGCGCUCAAGUCCUUGCUCAAGUCGCUCGAGGGUUGUUCCCUCGCGUGGCCCAAGUUUGGUGGCGAUCCGUCCGCCUUUGAAUUCGCAAAGAACUUCCCUCCCAUGUUUGAUCCCCGCGGCGGCCAGCGCCGGCGUGCCCUUCGUGCAUCUGAGGCGGCUAGCAGUGUCGCUGGCGACCAGUCGGCCAGCGGCGCCCGUACAGCAUCAGAGGCCGGCGAGCCGGAGAGCAGCGGUAGCCACGCGCUCGGUGGUGAGCCCGAGGAUCGUGAUCACGGUCGCGACGUGCACGGCUAUGACCCACGUCGCGUUGCGCAACAGCCGCCCCUCCAGCGGGGUAGCACUGACGGCCUCUUUGGCCAAACUGUCGGCGCCCCUGGCUUCAACCAAGCGGCAGCGGCGGGUGCUCUCGGCUCGGUGGGCAGCCGGGCCAUGACACCUCAGCAGCCGUCGUUCAUGCGGCAGCCGAGCAACUACAUCGAUCAUCUAUCUGCACAAGCAAGCCUUUUCCAGGGCCAGGGCCAUACCCGCCAGAGUUCUCGCUUCAACUUCACUAACGACGGCAGAGACGCGGCCUCGGCGGCCACCUCUGUCAAGCUUGCAGCAAACCCUCGCAUCAUGGCACAACAGUCUUCCAUGAUGCCGUCGACCUUCCACAGCCAGCCAGGCUCCCAGUACUACGCCGCCACGAUGCCGGGCCCACCGCCGGGGCUCAAGUCGACAAGCACACCGCCGGGCAUGUUUGGACAACACGGAUUCGGAGCGGCUGCCGGGUUUGGCGCCGCCGCGGCUCAGAAGGAGAAUAGCGACAUAUUGCACUUGUUCAAUCGUGGUCGGGGUGCCGGCACCCAGGGCCAUGAUGCCGGGAAGCGUGAGUUACUGUUCCCUUCUUUCCCCACAGAGUUCCCGUCCUCUUCUACCUCCUCCACCCCAGCUCCUGCCUCGAGCCACCUGGCAACGCUCUACGGUUCUCAGCCUGGAGCCUUCCAAGACUUGGGUUCAAAGCAGAAGAAGAAGGGGAAGAAGCACAGACACGCUAACACUUCCUCCUCUGGGGGGAGUGGCUUAGUAGAUCUUGCGGACCCGAGUAUCCUGCAGGCGAGAAUGCAGUCCCAGCAGCAUCUGCAGCAGCAGAGCAAUGCCGGUCUCGGACAGGGACUGUUCGGUGGCCAGACGCAAGGUGGGUACACCAAUCCCGCCAUGAUGUACAACCCGGGUUACCGGGCGUGGCAGGAGGGCGUUUGGGAUGAUGCCUUCGAGGAGGGUCGCCACCACUUCGCCCCAGGGGAGAACUGCACCACCAGGGGUUCUCGGGUUACGUCCAGCAGGCAAGCUCUCUCAUCGUCUUCCUUGAAGGUCUCUCCCUGCCCCUUCAACAACCCCCAAUAUGACGAUCUCUUCUUCGAGGACCAGGUUAGGUCGAGCAUAGAUGCUCUUGUAGCCGACGAACCUAUCGAGACUCCCAUUCGCUACCCGCCCGGUGCAUUUGGGGUCCUGAAUCGAUCCGGCACCCCCUCUGUCCCCCCUGGAUUCUCUUUUCCUAGCGCACACCCUUCUCCGGCAGUCUCGCACGCUUCUCUUCCGCCAACCAGUGUCGGACGACAGACACCUCCAGUAGCACUCCCUAAGGUUCCAGUAAAACCUACGGCUCCUCCUGUCUCAAGCCCGCUCGCCGGAAAAAGGACCGUUACUCCAUCCACUAGCCACGCCAAACUCGCAAAAACGGCCGAGGGCACCCCAUCGAAGGAUGCAACCAAGGCGAUGCCUGCUAAAGUCCUGGCAGACGAGGACUUCCCGGCCCUUGGCUCGCCAAAACCUGCUACGGCAACGACAUCGACGGCUGUUCCUCCUCCAAAGCUGACAGCCGAAAAGGCGACAGCUUCCAAGCCUAAGAAGUCUAUCGCUGAGCGCGCUGCCGAGAAGGCACUGGCUAAGCUGGAGAAAGAGGAGAAGGAGAGGAAGGAAAAGGAGAAGCUCAAGAAGGAGAAGGAAGAGAAAGAAGCCAAGGAGAGAGAAAAGGAAAAGGGGAAGGAGAAGGAGAAGGAGGAGAAGUCCAAGGAUAAGGGCAAGGAAAACAAGGAAAAGGAGCCCGAGAAGGGAAAGCCUGCGGUGAAAGAGGCUUUUAAGCCAGUAGCACCAGCUCCUGAGAAGGCACUUGAAAGGGCAUCCGAAAAGGCCGCUGACAAGAAAGCGGAUAUGCGCCCGACUCCAGGUAUCCUUGACAUUACUGCAGCUACAAGGACGGCGAAGGUCAUCAAGAUUGUCGACGCGCCAACGCCCAGCGACAAGUCUGCCGCCGCCGACAAGGAUGCCAACUUCCCGGCUUUUACUACUCCUACCCCCGUUUCAGCCCCUUCGCCUGUUACGCGGGUUGCGCCGAAGACACUUCGUGUGGUUUCGACGCCCAAGACAGAAUCACCGUCCACACCGGUGUUGGCUGCGCCCGUUUCCAAGCCUGUUGCUACGCUUGCAAUCCGUCCAGAGACUCCCGCGAGCGAGAUGAUCUCGGAUAGUGCCUCGAUCAUCUCGGCCUCUAUCUCUGUGUCUCGUGCGAGUUCGCCGCCGCCGUCCAAGAUCGGAUCUGCCCCUGUCCGAACCAAGACCAAGAGCCAACAGCGCAAGGAGCGCAAGGAGGCCUUGAAGAAAGAGUCGGCCAGCAUUGCAGCUGCCCCGGUCAAGACUGAGCCACCUGAAGAGAUCGGCCCCAUCACAGCACGCAAGAAGAAGCAGAAGAAGGACAAGGAGAAGCCAAGCAGCAACAAAGCUAUAGCGUCUGCCAGCCGGCCCGACACACCGACUAUUAAGGAGAAGGAAAAAGAGGAAAAAGAAAAGGAGAAGGAGAAGGAGAAAGUCCAAGAGAAGGAGUCCUCUACCUACCGCUCGACUGCCGGGGAGACUACUACUCUCACCGGCGAGCCGGCUCCGAGGAAGCUCGCUGAGCUCAAGCCUAAAACAACGGAUCCUUCAAAACCGCGAACGCUCCCGACCCCCGCUUCUGUUUUACAUGAGUUGCAGCGAGCCGGGUUUGUGUCGUCCAACAUUGAUGAACUCCCCUUCUUCAAGCCGGUUACGAGUCAGCUGGACAAGUCACAUCCGGGUUUGAGAGACCUAGCCACACGCAAUUCCAUGGCACCGACUAAGUCGAUCGUCACGGAGGAAGACCAGGCGCAGCUGCUUGCUGGAAACCCUGUCCGUAAAGUGGUCGAUGGUAUUCGCAUCCUGCUGACGCCCAAUGGUGACUGCAUCCGCAAUCUUACUCCAGAAGAGGAAGACCGUUUCCUUGAGUUGCAACAGCGCGUCGCCGAGGCCGCGACGAACCCUGCCUCGUGGGUCUCGUCACGGCAUGAGAACACAGGUGGCUUUAGCCUCAUCAAAGGCCGCGCAGUGCCUAAUGGCCCUCCAAGUUACUUCCCUCCUGCCCCCGGCGCGUACCCCUCCGAUCCGGUGAACAAGAUCCAGCGGGAGGAGGCUAUUUACUACAUUAACCAGUACGUCCUUCCGCGGCUCAACCUUAACAGUCGCGAUGUGACCCUGCCUAAGGGUAGUUCAUCCAAUGGCUCUAGCGCCAGUGCAAGUGUCUCUUCUGCCGCCCAAGCUGCCGCCAGUUUGAACAGCGUUGCUCCCUGGCUCUAUGCCAGCGUGAGCUCCUCCUCUCCACACGACACGGAACCUGCUCCCCCGGAGUUGAGCUACCCUGGCCCCGUGGGCUCUUUCUCUGACCCGCGUGAUCUCCCUGGGCACGCGUCGUACCUUGACGUGCCGUCCCCAGCUGAUGGAACCAAUGGGACUGUUGGCACAAGCUCCAUGCUCAGCUUCCCCUCGCCAACACCGUUUGGUAAUGUCCCGCUCAUGAGCCUGGAGGAUGCUGAGGCUGCGUUGUGCGCUGCACGCAAGGAGACCGAGAAGCUGGAGAAGUCGCUGAUGCAGCUGAUGAAGAAGAAUAAGAAGCUUCUUCUUCAGCAGACCACAACUGCCACAGCGACCGUGGGAGCUGGUGGGGGCGGAGGACAUUGA